AUGUCUCGACGCAUGAAAAAAUAUACCAAGUUGACGGCGCCGGAAAAGGUUGAUCGGUCGUUCGAGGCGGCGGAGGACCUCCGAGAGGAAGCCCUUCGAGCUGAUACUAUCGUCGAGGGCAUUUCGGUACGGAAUUUAACGAAGAUUUACCCCAAGCAGAAGAAGGCAGCGGUAGAGUCUCUCGACAUUGGCGUGGCACCAGCAGAGAUAGUCGUGCUGUUGGGACCUAAUGGCGCGGGCAAGACGACUACGAUGAAGAUGCUCACUGGAGAUGAAAUCCCGACUGCGGGUCUGAUAAAACUGGGAAGACCCGAAGACUUCAAGUUGGCGCAGUCUGGGAGGUUAGACUUUGGCUCCCUUUACAGGAGACAAGUGUGCGGGUAUUGCCCGCAGGUAGAUGCACUCUUUCCAGAGCUCACGGUCGAAGAACAUCUCAAGCUGGCUUCUACUCUCAAGGGUCUGAGGUUGAACUCUUCCGCUUCUUUCCAUCAGCAACAUAUGGAUUCUAUAGUUGCUGGUCUCGGGGUUGGCCAGCACUUUAAGACUCGAUCUGCUAAACUGUCGGGAGGGAAUCGACGGAAGCUCUCCCUUGCUCUCUCUAUGCUGGGUUGUCCACGUGUUAUGUUCCUGGACGAGGUCACCACUGGAAUGGACCCGGCAGCUAGGCGCUCUGUUUGGGCGGUUCUAAGAGGAGAGGGUAGCCGUCCAGCUAUUCUCAUGUCAACUCAUUAUAUGGAUGAGGCAUCAGCCUUAUCAACACGUGUAGGCAUUAUGAUCAACGGAGAAAUGCGUGUCAUUGGAAACGUCAAUGAGUUGACCAACAGAUUCAGCCGGGCGAUAUCUAUAGAGGCAUCUUUGGCGGAGGGCUUCUCGGCAUCUUUCCUUGCUGAUAGUCUCAGCCGGGCACUUGGCAUCACCGGCGUGGUCGUAGUUGAAGACUUCAAUUCUUCGGUGACUCUCCGGGUCCCCCUGUGUGAGGAUUGGACCCCGACACAGCAGAUAGCGGAGCUGUUCCGAAUCAUGGAGGGAGGUUUGAAAACGACCUGUGGAGUUGUUUAUUACAAUACCUUCCCUAUGAGCCUCGAGCAGAUAUUCAUUGAUCUUGUACGUGAACAGAGAGCGUAAAUCAGUUGGCCACUUCUACACUCAAAUGCAGAUGUGUUAAAGAGAGCACGGUUUUCUCGGUGUCUCAUAUAAAAUCCUUUUACAUGCCAAUAAUUGCCUUUUUCUUGGACUCAAUCAAAGUUGAGGAGAUUAGUUCAACCCUGAUAGUUUUUUUCCCGCUACUUGUCCAUAUUGGUUAUUCUCUUAA